CAGCUCGCUGUGCCACAUAGACAGGCUGCGGUCGGUUCACGGGACACCGUCUCAAACAGGCCCGGGGCCAUGGCCAAAGACCCGCUGGCCGAGGCGGGCUUCUUCUUUGAUGAGCUCAACAAGCUGCGGGUGCUGGAGCCCGAAGCCAGCCAGAAGACGUCUGAGCUCAAAGAGGAGUGCAAGGAGUUUGUGGACAAAAUCGGACAGUUUCAGAAGAUCGUGGGCGGCCUCAUUGAGCUGGUGGACGAAUUAGCAAAGGAAGCAGAAACAGAAAAGAUGAAGGCCAUCGGAGCCAGAAAUCUGCUCAAGUCUGUGGCCAAACAAAGAGAGGCCCAGCAGCAGCAGCUGCAGGCCCUGAUAGCGGAGAAGAAGAUGCAGCUGGAGAGGUAUCGGAUCGAGUACGAAGCUCUGUCCAAAGUGGAGUCGGAGCAGAACGAGUUCAUCGACCAGUUCAUCUUGCAGAAGUGAGGCUGUCGACCACAAACCUCCAACCUCCGAGUGCCUGAAGCGUCUUCUUCCUCCAGCAGUCCGCCCGCUCUGCCAGGGAGCUGGAGCUCUGGAUCCAAAGGCUAUUUCUACUAUUUAUACCCCAGACUCGCCUCCGUAUCUACUUUUCUGACUUUUUGUAUCGGUGCAGACAGGCGCAGCACCUGCAUGCAUUUUGUAAAUAUGCCGAAGUUCCUGACUGGAUCAGGAGGUUUUCAUUCCCUCCUCACGGUACAGAACAGCAGGCAUUCUCACAUUUCUCCUGAUAACUUCAAGAUAAGUUCAGACAUCAGUCACCAAAAAUGUUUGGAUCCAACCAAGUAAGAAUUUCAAUCUGCGAUGCAGGAGUGAGGCUGAGCAGAGUACAACAACAAAAGGAUAAAGAAAUACCAGUGGGGAAUUCAUGCUCUAAAGAAAAAGCUAAUUGUUGCACAUUGCAGCAUUUUAUUGACACUACGGGACCAAAACAUCCACCAAUGAAGAACUUUUGACAUUUCAUUGUAUUUUGCACCAUAAUGGCAGAUUGUUGAAAAAUAGCACCAAGUGCAGGUUUGGUGAAAAGGUACCGAAGGUGCUGUACUUUCUGGAGUACGAGUCACACCUGUGGAGACAAGCUGCAAGAAAUCACAUUCACCUCUGAAGAAUUUGUAACGGGAUUUCUGUAAUAGUCUGUUAACUCUGUGACAAAGUUCUGCUGUCACUCAGUAUGAAUGGAGGUUUUUGUUGGAAUACAGAGACAAGUCACUUCCUGCUAAAUCGUAUGAGCAACCAAACAACUGAAAUAGUGACUUAUAUUCUGGGAAAUACGGUAACUUCUAUCACACACGUUUCAUUCAUCACUGCACCAAAUCAAGGGAAACAUCUGGAUGUGAAGGUUUCAUCGGUCCAGACCACUGGACGAGCGUCGCUGCCGUCUGUUUUACAUGUUAUCUUCAGGAUAUAUUAUUUAAAACAAGUUAUUUAGAGUGGUUUAUUUAAAGCGUGAGUCAUCGAGAAUAUCAGCCAGCUUCUUCUACAUUCCUCCUCUGGACGACAGGAUUCUCUGUGUCACUAACAGCGUCAGAAUGUGUGCUGAAUGUAGAAGCGGCGAGGAGUCCAGGCGCCGCCGCAGCUCUUCUCUCCAGAACCUCCCAGUGCCUCCAGAAGAGCCGCCGGCGACCUGCACGCUGCAGCAGCAGCUCCCACAACACAACAGUUUACUUGAAGAGCCUCGAUUGCACAAACAGAUCAUUGUUGCGGUUGUUGUUUCAAUAAACAUGACUUCAUGCAC